AUGUCGUCUGGUUCCUUCAAGGGUUACGCCGUCACCUCACCCUCCGACUGGUCCAGUCCCAAGCUCAUCGACCAUGAUCCCGUGCCCUUCGGCAAGCAUGAAAUGGACGUCAAGAUCCAAUAUUGCGGCGUCUGCGCCAGUGACUUGCUGACUGCCCGCGCUGUGGCAGGGAAUGAUGGCUGGCAGCCAGAAACAAUGUAUCCAGUCAUCCCCGGUCAUGAGAUCGUGGGCAAGAUAGUGCGCAUUGGGGAAUUGGUUGACACAUCCAGAUUCCAGAUCGGACAGCUGGUUGGGCCUGACCUGCUCGAGACAUACGACUCCAAAUAUCCCGACGGAUCCAUGUCAAAUGGCGGCUAA